AUGUGCACGCCUGUGCGUGUGAGCAUUGUGUGCGUGAUGGGAGCCGUGGGUGCUGUGUGGACAGCCCCUCUGCCCCUCCCAUGGGCUCCCACGCCCAGCAUCCACCUGAGAAAGGAGGGAGCUGCCUUCCCAUUCUGCAGAGUCUGUGUGCUGAGGCCCCGCAGAGGCAAGUGGAGGAGCUGGGAUGUGAACCUGGGACCCCAGCGUAGGGGGCUGCUUGGCUGUGGACCCUGCCCCUCAGGAAAGCCCAGGUUCCACCUCCAGAGGACUCGUUCCAGGGCGGGGGCGGGGGCAGGGGCGGGGGGCCUCCCCACCCGGGGCUCGAUGAGGGGCUGUCCGUUUCUUGGCUCGAGUGCUGCCAAGUGCUGCCUGCUGCUGCGCCCACCUUCCCGGGGAGAGGCGAGCCCCUGGCUCCCUGAGUUCGUGACCCACCCUGUCCACCAUCAGCAGCUGGCUUGUGUCUCUGGGUGGCUGGGCACCAGCCUCCUGGAGGCCACGUGCCUGGGUCCACAUGGAGGGUCCUGGUGGGGGCAUCAUCCUGGGUCCCGGGAGUGAGGCUGGCAGGUGCCCAUCGGGGGUGUCAAGUCCAGGGGGAUCGAGGCUCUGGGAGCUCAAGGGGGCUCUGGCCUUGGGGACCAGCUGAGUUUCCAGCUGGCAGCCAUGUCCUCGAGGGAAGGGGUUUGGACAGAAUCCGAUGCCCCCUAAGCUGAUGGGGUCCCCUGUCUCCCCUUCCAGCCCUGACCCACUGGACAUGGGGACUCUUUCCAGUCCGGAGAGCUCCUUGUCUGUGUCCCCAGCAGAAGGUGGGGUGGCUCCUGCCUCACCCUCUGCCCAGCCCUGAUCCAGGCCACAGCCAUCUAGGGCCCUGAAGGAGGGGCAGGAGGCAGGGGUGGCUUCUGGAACCUGAGGGUUGUCCCCGGUUGGGUCUGUUCUUGGGGGCUGCACUGCUGGAUCCCAGGAGCAGGUGUGGAACAGCCCCAUGGCCAGGGUGACGGAAAUCCUCGGCUGCAUGCAGACAUAGACCCACCCUGGACUGGGCUGUCCCUGGAGCCCAGACACAUCGCCCUGGGAAGGGGCAGCUGGGCCUGCAGUGUGCUGGGCUGGGGCUGGGGGCCCUGGUCGUGGGCUCUCCAGGGUCCCUCAGGGGAUUGGGCCUCUCCCCAGACAGGAAGGUGGGAAGUGCAGGCAUGACCCGGGGUUCCUGAGGCGGGUCCACCAAGUUGCUUCUGAGACGCCUUCGCUUCUGUCCUGGCUGGCUGUUAAUGAUAUCCCUGUUCUAAUUCCACUCUGGCUAAACUGAAAGUAAAGAUCCUUAAGCUUACAUGUGUCUAUUCCUCAAAAUCGAAAUAAAAACAAAAGCACCCGAGUCUCCAACAGGGAUGAGGAGGAGCAUGUGGGGCUUCUGUCUGCCCUCUCC